GGAAGAGUAGGCGGGACCGAGGCCACGCGCCACUGUGGACGGUGUAUAUACGCGCCACGCUUUCCAGGCAGGCUGCAGCCGCCAAACGCCGCCAUGUAGACAAAAAGGAGAGCAGCACUGUACAAAAAGCACGAUAAGGAUCGGAAUAUUUAGUUCUGGAGAAUUCAGGAGCAACAGCUAGAGCAGGAAGUGAAGAAAAAAUUAUUUGGAGUGAUGCGUGAUUUCAAAAAUUGAUUGGAUAAGAUGGAGGUAAAUAUCUGAGUAGCUGUUCAUUUCUGGAAAACGACAUGUUUGAUAAACCUAUGCGACUGCCAGUUGUAUGCUGAAAAGUUUGAUUGAGCUGAUAAUCACAAGGAAUCUGAAUCCAAAUCUCGAAUUAGAGCUCAUUCGUGCGGGCGGAUAAUCAUAUGACAGGAAGAAGAAUCUGAAGAAGUUUUGAAGAAAUGCCUCUACCCGAUACAAUUGCUGCAAAUGUUCUUGAUGAUUGCUCUGUGUUCCCCGUGGAAGACAUAGUGCAGUACCCUUUACCAGGAUACAAUGUGCCUACUUUGAUUAGUUUUAGCCCCGAUAAUAGCUUGAUAUCAUACUUGUUCAGUCCUGAUCAAACAUUAAGUAGGAAUUUGUAUGUGUUCGAUCCCGAGACUGGGAAGCAUGAUCUGUAUUUCAGCCCUCCAGACGGUGGUUUCGAUGAGAAUAAUUUAUCUGUAGAAGAGAAGUUGCGUAGGGAGAGGCUAAGAGAGCGUUGGUUAGGCUUGACACGCUACGAAUGGGUAAAGUCGAGCCCGAAGAGAAAAAGAGUUAUGGUGCCUCUACCAGCUGGGAUAUAUAUUCAAGAAAACUUCCUUAAACCGGAGCUUAAGCUCCAAAGCUUCGAUUCCUCGCCAAUUAUCGAUCCACAUGUCUCUCCCGAUGGCACCAUGCUUGCAUAUGUGAGGGAUAAUGAGUUACAUGUGUUAAACCUUCUAAACAAUGUGUCGAAGCAGUUAACCUUCGGCGCCAAAGAGGGUGCUAUUACACAUGGACUUGCAGAGUUCAUAGCACAGGAGGAAAUGGAUCGGAAGAAUGGAUACUGGUGGUCGCUCGAUAGCAAAUUUAUCGCGUUUACUGAGGUCGAUUCGUCUGAAAUACCUCUGUUCAGGAUCAUCCACGAGGGAAAAGAUUCGGUAGGCCUCGAUGCUUAUGAAGACCACGCUUACCCUUUCGCCGGUGGUUCAAAUGUUCGAGUUCAUUUGGGGGUUAUUUCUCCGGCCGGUGGAUCGGUUGUUUGGAUGGAUUUGAUCUGCGGAGGACAGCAACAGCUCGGCGACGACGAUCACGAAUAUUUGGCAAGAGUGAACUGGAUGAAUGGCAACAUUCUUACAGCUCAAGUCUUGAACAGAAGGCAUACUAAGCUGAAGAUCAUCAGGUUCAACAUCGAAACCGGUCGGGGGAACGUCGUAUGGGUCGAGGAAAACGAAACGUGGAUUGAUUUACACGACUGCUACACCCCGUUGUACAAACUCCCGAAUCGAUCCUCCGGAGGCUUCAUUUGGGCCAGCGAAAGAACCGGUUUCCGGCAUCUGUAUUUGCACGAUUCCGAUGGAUCGUGUUUGGGGGCGAUCACCGAAGGCGAUUGGAUGGUCGAGCAAGUCGCCGGCGUAAAUGAAGUUUCCGGCGAUGUUUACUUCACCGCGACUUUGGACAGCCCUUUGGAAUCCCAUCUUUAUCGAACUAACUUAUGUCUUGAUCCUGAUCAGCCGUUGCCGGCGCCGUCGAGGCUAACGAACGGAAAGGGAAAACACGUCGUGGUACUCGAUCAUCAGUUGAAGAGGUUUGUCGACAUCCACGACUCCUUAUGUUCGCCUCCAAAACUCACAUUACGCUCAUUGCUCAACGGGAGUUUAAUCAGAUCGUUCAACGAGCAGCCAGUCUACGUCCCGAGGUUUAAUAAGCUCCCACUCGAUCCACCGGAGAUCGUUCACAUCGCAGCCGAAGAUGGAACUAUCUUAUACGGAGCUUUGUAUAAACCUGACUCUGCAAAAUUCGGUCCCCCGCCGUACCCAACGAUGAUCCAUGUAUACGGCGGCCCUAACGUACAACUCGUGUCCGAUUCUUGGUCGAACACUGUCGACAUGCGAGCGCAAUAUCUCCGAAGCAAAGGCAUACUCGUUUGGAAGAUGGACAACAGAGGAACGUCCCGACGGGGGCUAAAGUUCGGAGGCACAAUCAAGCACAAGUGCGGGAAAGUCGACGCCGAUGAUCAAUGCUGUGGGGCCGAAUGGCUCGUUGAGCACGUGCUGGCGAAGCCGGGCCACAUCGGAUUAUACGGGUGGAGCUAUGGCGGGUACCUGUCGGCGAUGUUGCUGGCGAGGUUUCCGGAGGUUUUCCGGUGCGCGGUGGCGGGAGCGCCGGUGACGUCGUGGGACGGGUACGAUUCGUUCUAUACGGAGAAGUACAUGGGGGUGGCGGAGGAGAACGAGCGGGGAUAUGUGGAGGGGGCGGUGAUGAGUCACGUGGGGAAGAUGAGGGAGGAAGGAGGGCUGUUGUUGGUGCAUGGGAUGAUUGAUGAGAAUGUGCAUUUCCGGCACACGGCGAGGCUGGUGAACGCGCUGGUGGCCGCCGGAAAGCCGUACGAGCUGCUGGUGUUUCCCGACGAGCGGCACGUGCCUCGCCGGCGGAGGGAUCGGGUGUACAUGGAGAAUAGGAUAUGGGAAUUCAUCCGGCGGAACUUGUAAGUCUUUCUGACCUUGCCUUGAAUUUUAUUUUAUUGUUUUAAUGUGCAUUUAUUUGCCUGUUAUGCUAAAUUUGAUUAUUAUUAUUAUUAUUAUUAUUAUUAUUAUUAUUUUGUAAUA